AUGGGACUGCACGCCGCCGCCGUCUGCUCCCUGCUGCUCUGUGGCCUCGCCUCCGUCCGGGCCGUGCUCGCUCCCUCCUUCCGGAUAGUGCAGACGAAUGACUCCUUCCAGCUGUUUCUGCAGGAGGACCUGCUGGCACGGCUCUGCCUGGGCCUGAGCACGGCUCUGCCUGGGCCCAGCUCAUCGACCACAGCCCGGGAAACGAGGCGGCAUUCCUGGGAACCGGCACCACCACAGUACAGGGAGACGGACGGCAACUUCAUCAUCAAUGAUACAACCACCGAGCGUCUGGCGCUGACACAGUUCGAGGUCACGCAGCUGGACGUGGCCACGGCCAUCACGCUCUGGGCGCCAGACCGCGCCGACAGCCGCGUCACCCUGCGCUUCAGCAAGUCCACGGAUACCGUGGAUGUAGGCGGCGGCGCUGAGCGACCCGACCUCUACAACCGGCUGUGGCUGCGGCUGCACGCGCAGGGCGACGAGACCGUGUUCGGCGGCGGCGAGCAGUACACGUUCUUCAACCUGCGCGGCCGCAACUACCCGAUCUGGACGCGCGAGCAGGGCAUCCUGCGUGACCCGACCAACCCGCUGACGUGGAUCAUCAGUCUGGACGGCGGCGCCGGCGGCAGCUACGACACCACCUACUGGCCGCAGGCGAGCUUCCUCUCCUCGCGCGGCUACUACUUCGACAGCAGCGCCGGCGAGCUGGGCGCGCUUAACUUCUCGGCGGCCGACCACCACGAGUUUUACACACAGGGCGUGGGCGCGCUGUCGGUGCGGCUGGCGGUAGGCGCCGGCCCGCUGGAGCUGGUGCAGUGGACCAACACGGGCCGCCAGCUGCUGCCGGACUGGGCGUCCGACGGCGUCGUGCUCGGCGUGCAGGGCGGCACCGACGUCAUGCUGCAGCGGUACGAGCAGGCCAAGACGGCCGGCAUCCGCGUGGCCGGCCUCUGGAUUCAGGACUGGGCCGGCCGGCAGGACACCACCUUCGGCCAGCGGCUCUUCUGGAACUGGCGCUGGAACGAGACGCUCUACCCGCGUCUGGACGAGGCCAUCAAGUCGCUGGACAAGGAGGACGUCAAAGUGCUCGCCUACAUCAAUCCACACCUGAACGUCGAGGGUGACAUCUACCUCAACAACACGGGUAAGGGUUACUUCCUGACGGACACCGCCGGGGACGACUACGUCCUCGACUUCGGCGGCUUCCGGGCGGCCACGGUCGAUCUGCUGAACGAGGCGGCCGGCACGUGGUACCAGCAGCUGAUUCAGACCAACCUGCUCGGCCUUGGCAUGGCCGGCUGGAUGGCCGACUUCGGCGAGUACGUGCCGGCCGACGCGGUGUCGAGCGGCGCGGCGGCGCUCAGCUCGCCGGCCGCGCUGCACAACGUCUACCCGAGCCUCUGGGGCCGUACCAACCGGCGCGCCGUCAUCGCCGCCGGCCGUGAGAACGACACGCUCUUCUUCGUGCGCGCCGGCAACGGCGAGCAGGCACAGCACGCGGCCAUGUCGUGGUCGGGCGACCAGAACACUGACUGGACGACGACUGACGGCGUGGCCACCACGUUGGUGUCGGCGCUCUCGCUGGCCGUGACCGGCUGCGGUCUCAACCACUUCGACAUCGGCGGCUACACCACGCAGCAGCCGUUCUUCUGGCGCUCCGAGGAGUUGCUGCUGCGCUCGGCCGAGUACGCCCUCUUCACGCCCGUCAUGCGCACCCACGAGGGCAGUCGGCCGGCCAGCAACGUGCAGUGGUACUCGAGCGCGCGCACGCUCGCCUUCUUCGCACACGUGUCGCGCGCGUUCGCCGCGCUGGCGCCGUACACGCGCGCCGCGCUCGCCGAGUACGGGAGGGACCACACGCCGCUGCAGCGCCCCACCUUCCUGCACUACCCGGACGAGCUGGUACCGUACCGCGCCGAGACGGCGUACCAGUACUUGUACGGCCGCGACCUGCUGGUGGCGCCGGUGUACCGGAGCGGCGUCACCUGCCGCCAGCUGCGGCUGCCGGCCGACCGCUGGGUGCACCUCUGGUCGGGCCGCGUCUGGAGCGGGCCGGCGCUGGUCACCGUCGACGCGCCGCUCGGCCAGCCGCCCGUCUUCUACCGCGCCGCCUCCCAGUGGGCACCGCUGUUCGAGGAGAUCGGUAACAUGACCCUGAUGAUGCCGCAGACGGAGCGGCAGCCGGGCUUAGCAGCGACCUCUGGCCCAGAUCAGGAGGGAAUGAUCGCUUAGGCGGCCACUCUCACGAUGCAUACGCCCGACGCUUUUCUUUAGCCUUCAUGCUCGGCAAUGUAAAAGCCGGCGAUUAAGAAUGGUACAAAUGUCUCGAUUCUUCGGUAUUUGCAAUUCCACUGAUGAACCCACGGAUACGUAUUGACAGCUGUUGGCCUUCAAUUUGCAAGAUGCUGGUCAACAGGCCGGGUGUUACGGUGUUACGUCCGUACGGUGUUACGUCCGCUUACCAGUACCGUCUGCUGUGCUGAAUGCCUAUUGUCGUCGGAAGUAAAGGUUUCCCAAAAAUCUUGGGAAAACAGAUAUUCUCGGGUCCAGUGUUCCCUUGUAACGCCAUAUACGUAAUAUUAAUUUUCUAAGAUGCUGCCGAUGCGGCUGCAUCUCCCAAUUAGCAGAUAAGGUCCACCGAUCACUGUCGUGUAUCUUCAGUGCCACAUUGCUACUGGAAAUGAAACGGCAAAAUACGAAGCGUAAAUGAAUUUCCAUCCCCAGGUGGACGUUUUUAUUGAGGAGUCGUACAUUGGGCAUUACGGACUCACCCAUGUUCUCAAAAACUGAAGGAGGUACGGUCAACGGACAGUGACAUUAGAUAGGCCAUGGGAAUAUGCGUCGGGUUAACGUCAUUAAACAUCCACGCCAGUUGGCGUGCGAUCGGUUAUACCGGGCCAUUAUGGUAAAAAACUAAUUUUCGGCUUUUUGUCUUUGCAACCAUGUGCUGACAUGCUGUAUGGCAGUAAAAACAACUGGCAUUACAGCCCUGCGCAGACUGAUGACACGCCGACAGCAAUUAGUGCGUCGGAUUUGUGACACGCCGAAGGCUCAAAACCGGCUUAUAAAAGUUUCAACCAGACAUAGUAAAGACGGAGCAUCGUAUGACAAAACGGGAAUGGAUAGCACUCCUCACAAAUGGGAAUUAACGUGACUCACGGUGUACCGCAUCUGGCCAUACCAAGUUCAACAGGGUCUUCAGAGGUUUCAUUUGGAAGCAUGUGACCAAACAACCAAGGAUGAGCUGACCGGAAUGGAUUUUGCAAAAUUGCACCAUCGGGUGCCACAUGCGGGAUGAUUUCAAAACAGCACAUCCAUGGAGGACUUUCCAAUACGCAUUUACGAGCAAAGAUACGCCUUUGCGUGUAUGAAGAUGCAACCGACAUCACAUCCCUGAUCUUCCCUUUUUUGGUCUUUCAAAUGCCGGGUCCCCAAAUUACCGCAGCAGUGAAACAUAUAAUGCGGUAAGCUUCAUUAUCAUGCGCGUAGUGAAGUCAUUAUGGAAAUCUGAAGGGGGGGGGGGAGAUCUAAAGCCACCUCAUUCUGCGAUCCUCAGGUUCCCAGGGUACGACCCACCGCUCGUUGCACACAAGGCGGGCUUCUUGACAACAGAAAACCCUACAACUAUAUGAGAAAAGCAGGCAUUUUUUUGCGCGAGGCAGCUGGAGAACAUGAAGAGAUUUCUGAUAGUCGGCCCCGUUGAUACAA